GCUGACAGUAAACCCACGAGCCAGGCCAAGUUCACAGCUUCAGCCACCCGAUUCUACAUCCUCCUACCCCCUGGCAUCUUCAGGGGCUGCCUACUCCAGCCCAGUGCUUUCCAGUCUUCCCGCAGCUCCCAGGCAGGACCCCUCUGAGAUUGUAAAUGAAGGGUCUCCUCCUUCCUGGUGUCUCUGUAGAGAACCCUGGUCUUAAUAGAAUGGAAUCAGAGAAACUGGGGAGCUAGAGGAGGAGUAUUCUGCAGGGACAGGAAGCCUUCUCCUCAGCUCUGAAAUCACACUUUGAACAUUCAGUUAAUAAACAAGUCUCAGCACCACCUGUGCACCAGGCUCUGAAUGCAACUGGCUCCCCGCUUUUCCGAAGCAAAAAGGCAGGCAGCCGCAUCCCCGCCUAAGGAUCUGCCAGCCACACGGGGCUGGAGAGCGAUGACGCCCGCAGUGCCAUUCUGGGAGAAUCCCACUCAAUUCUACCACCAUCUGCCCUCCACCAGCCCCGCCCCAUGGGAUGAGAGCUGGCCAGCAGCCCCGAGAGAGCACAGGAACGCUGGACACAGCCCUUCCACUCCUCCAGUGUCUGCCAUGUCCACUGAGGGAGGCUCCUCUCCCCUUCCCACCCGUCUCUAAAAUUGGGAAAGCCCUCUUGAGCCCCCCUCCCCAGCUUGGCCAGGGUCCCUGUGAGAGUCACAUGGGCAAAAGCCUCUGGGGUGCCGUGGUUGGCCAUCGGGAGUAGGUGAGGCCCGGGGUGCCUGCCACCUCUCCUGGGCAGACCGGCCGCUCCAGUUCCUGCAUUUCUCGCCUGUCCCUCCCCGGGAGGAGGAUUUCACCCUAGGACGUGGGGUGGGGAGGGAGUCUUCUUGCUCCCUUUGCUCGGAUUUUCAGCAAAGGAGGGGUUCCCAUCCUGUGGCAAGGCUGCCGCUGGAGCUCUGUCCUCACACCGACACAGCCUCGGUCCCGCCGCUUGUCCCAGCUCUGACGUGAGCCCCUUGGGCGGGUUGGCAGCAAGCUCUGUAGAAGGUGCGAGAGACAUGGCUGAGCAGCUGUCCAAAGAGCAGGCAGCCGAGUUCAUGGAGACCUUCCACAGAUUCGACAAGGACAGUGCCAUCAGCACCCAGGAGCUGGGCGCCGUGAUGCAGGAGCGGGGCCUGAACCCGUCAGAGGCCGCGCUGAAGGGGUUCAUCGCCAGGGACGAUGCGGACGGGGAUGGUGUCAUCAGCUCCCAGGAGUUCCUGGCAGUGAUAGCCAAGGGGGUUCAGGCCCGGGCCAGAGCGGAUGACCUGAGGACAGCCUUCCACGCCUUUGACCUGGAUGGCGACGGCCACAUCAGCAUGGAUGAGCUCAAGCAGGCCAUGGCCCAGCUGGAGGUGUCCCAGGAGGAGUUGGACAUCAUGAUCCGGGAAGCUGACGUGGACCAGGACGGGCAGGUGAGCUACGAGGAGUUCGUGCGCGUCCUCAUGCUGAAGUGAAGCCUCCCGACCGCCGCCCCCUCCUGCCUGACGCCGGGCCUGCUGCGGGGUCCGGCCCGGCUUCUGAGCCGGGGACGCCAAGGGACAGUCUAGGUGGUGGGUGGGAGGGGCCUCCCCGUGGGGACCCCUGGCCUCUCCUGGGCCCGGUGUCUGCUCUCUGUCCGGCGAGACCUCGUGUGCUCGUACGACGGGGGUGCUCCGUACCUCGCAGGGCUGUUGUGAGGACCCCAAAGUGACGUGGUGAUUGGAAUAAAAGGGAUCUGAGCUUCGA